AUAAGCUUCAGUGCAGGCAUCAUGGCAUGCGGCACUGCACGUCAGUGGCGCAUGGCUCUGGCACUCUUCUCGUGCGUCGUGUCAAACGGCCAGACGCCAAGUCGGGAAUCUUAUGCUCAGGUCUUGGAUGCGGUGUUCACAGAGAAACUGAGCUUUGGUCUUUUCCGGCAGGCCCUUAAGGACCAAGCCUGGCCGAACAUGCUCCGUAGUGGGGGCACACAGCUGGAUGUUCACUUUCAUUCCAGUGGCUCAGCUAUGCUAGCUGUGCUGUGCUGGCUGGCUGAGAUCGUCCUACGGAAAGUUGCUGCCGGCCAGAGCCUCACAUCUUUCGAGAUCAUCACGGGCUGGGGCAAGUCGCGGGAGUCAUGGCAGACAUCAGAUGUGCGAGCAUCGGUGCUGAAUUUGCUUGAUCGGUGUGGGAUUCUAUGCAAGGUCCAUCCUAGCAACCAAGGCCUUUUGCAAGUCGAUUUGCGAGGAUCUGAUGUACUCGGGUUGCGAGCAUUCUUUCCGGAGGCA